UCAAAUAACGGACUCAUACAUUUAUACUCAUUCAUACAGCUUUACACUAAAUAGCUCAAUGCAUCAAACAAAUACUGGACACGUAGUAACAGGUAACUGUUUUACGGGUUAAGCUGAAUUCCAUCCAGUUUACUGUGUCGUUUUCUGUGAUGAGAGCAGUGGAGGGGACCCUGCGGUUGGCUGGUGGUUUUGGUUUCCGUUGGUUUGUUGUGUUUGGUCGCUGGACUCUGCACAGAGACGGCAGGGCGAGCAGCCGGAUGGGUGAGAGGGGGGCUUCGUUCAGUGGAAGAAUUAAGGCGUUUUAGAAGACGAUAAAGACGACACUACCAGAGACAAGGACGUGGUUUGUUUUACUGCAUCCUGGCUUAGCUUAGUUUUAACCGUUUAUUCGCUGUUCGGCCUCCUGGAGCUUUAAAAAUGGCUUAGCGUUAGCUUCACAACAUCGGAGCCGUAGUAACGAGCUGUAAGCUAGACAGCCGAAGCUAGACAGAUAGCUAUGCUAGCUAAGUAGCUAGCUAUCAGCUGGCGGAUGAAGAUGCAGACUCGCACGACUCGUUUCAGCUUAAGUUAAAUAGCUAGGGUUAAUUUAAGUUAUUUGUUUGUAGCUCGCUAAGCUAGUUGUUGGUUUUGCUUAGCAACCGGACGAACGAGCCCGGUUUUAGUUAGGCAGUUAGCGGUAGCUAGGUUAUCAGUUCAAUUCGUCGAACUUGGUAGCUAGCUAGCUAGUUAGCUUAGCUUGUACGCCAGUCAGCCCCUAUGGAGAGACUUAAUACGUUUGGUUGACAAGUAUUUACUAGCUACCUAACCAACAGCAGCAGCAGUUUAUGUAAUUAGUUAGUUAACCUAGUUUAACAGUUAGUCAAUGUACUGCUUAGCUGUAGUUUAUGCUAGCUUGCUAUCGCAGGGAUUAGCUAGCAAGUGACACUAACAUUUGUGUGUGUGUUUUCAGUUAACUAACUAGCUAACCUAGCUAGUUAGCUCAGAGGCAGCAGUCUAUGUAGCUUAGCUUAGUUAGUUAGCUGGCUAGCUAGGUUACCCUAGUGCAGUUUAGGCUAGCUCGCUGUCGCUGGGGUUAGUUAUCUAGCUAGCAAGUGACACCACCAUUUGUGUAUGUGUGUGUGUUUCAGCUAACCUAGCUAUUAAGUUAACUAAAUAAAUAAGUACGCCGAGGUCCUCCUAGCAAGCCAGGUUAGCUAACUAACUAACUAACUAACUAGGAUGGCCACGGCUUCUGGCUUUUCUGCCUCCGGCGUGAAUGGCUCCAGGAACGGGCCGUCGCUCUUCUCCUCCUCCUCCACCGCCUCGGCCUCUGGUAUACCCGGCCAGGCGCAGCCCAUGGUGGUGGUGUGGGAAUGGCAGGACGACCUAGGUUAUUGGCGGCCUUACAGUGGCCAGGUGAGCUGCUACAUCGAGCAAUGCCUUCAGCAGCAGCGGGGGGCCAGGGCAGGUGGGCCCGCCGCCACUAGCAUCUCCCUAGGCCAGACCGACCCCAGCCUGGCAGCCUAUAUCAUCGACAUCCCGAGCCUAAAACAGUUUCGGCAAGACACUGGAAAGAUUCGCUCCGUACGCAGAACCCUGUUCCCCCAGUCUUCAGCUCUGGGCAGUGGCGUCUACUGGGAAUGGGCUAAUGAUGAGGGUACCUGGACAGCUUACGAGACGCGCACCUCCAUCCUGCUGGAGCAUAGCUACCAAGCAGGACAGGCCACAGCCGACCUAGGCCCACAUGGCUACAACUACAUUGUGGACCUCACAGCUCUAGAACAGGUUAAUAAGACCUCCAGCUUCCGCCGGCACGUCCGCAGACAGGGAGGUGCCCCCUAUCCACUUGCCUCGGGCUCUGUCAUCCACACAGGUCCGGCCUGCACCUGUCAACAGUGCCUGAGCCACAGCAGUACAGCCGGACCCAUGCCCAGCCGCUCCCGACACUCAUUCUCUGCUGGCCAGGCCACCCGACCCAGCCUUCAGACCCCGCAUGGCAGGGCGGUCGGAGCCAGCCCAUCGUCUGUGUACUCACCCUAUCCCAGAAGGCCUUUGUCCAUGGGAAACAUGUCAUGGGGAGGCCCCUGGAGCCCAGCUGCUUCUUCCAUGGCGCAGCCUCCAGGACCACCACCGCCCUUCUCAUCUGCUGCAAACUUUUCGUCCUCUGCAAACUUUUCGUCCUCUGCAAACUUUUCGUCUGCUGCAAACUUCUCACCUUCUGCAAACUUCUCAUCCUCUGCACACUUCCCCUCUACUGCGAAUGGCUUGAGCAUUCCAACUAUUCCGUUACAGUUAAACGGCUCCAGCAGUGUGAGCACAGCCUUGGCAGGCAUGGCUUCCAUUUUGAUGUCAGCAGCAGGACUGGGAGUUCGCUUCAUGACCGCCCCCUCCUCUCCCCAGCGCGCCUCCGGCAGGCCCAGCAAGCCCCAGGCCAGCUCCGUUAAGAGGGCAAAGAGACAGCCCAGGACAGGCGGCGUGCAGAAACCUGAAGAGGUCAUUAAGAAAUACAUGGAGGAAGUGCCUGUUGUUCCUGAUGAGGACUGCAUCAUUUGUAUGGAGCGCCUGUCGUGUCCCUCCGGUUAUGACAGCCCAGCAGAGGGCAGCCAGUCCCUGCAGCCCAACACAGUGGGCAAGUUCACCAAAUGUGGACACACCUUGCACAUGCUCUGCAUGCUGGCCAUGUACAACAACGGCAACAAGGACGGCAGUCUGCAAUGCCCCUCUUGCAAGACAAUCUAUGGCGAAAAGACUGGAACGCAACCAAAGGGCAAGAUGGAAAUCUAUAGCAUCCCCCAGUCACUACCUGGCCAUCCAGACUGUGGCACCAUACAGAUAAUCUACAGUAUUCCACCUGGAAUACAGGGUCCCGAGCACCCGAACCCUGGCCAGCCAUACACCUGUCGUGGCUUCCCGCGCUUUGGCUUCUUGCCUGACAAUGACAAGGGCAGAAAGGUGCUGGAGCUGCUGAAGGUGGCGUGGACGCGGCGGCUGAUCUUCACCGUGGGCACGUCCAGCACCACGGGGGAGCCGGACACAGUGGUGUGGAAUGAGAUCCACCACAAGACCGAGAUGAUGUCCAACGUGUCGGGCCACGGAUACCCUGACCCUAACUACCUGGACAAUGUGCUCUCUGAGCUGGCUGCGCAGGGCGUGUCUGAGGACUGCCUAAAGCGAGAUACGGCGAGCCAGGUGCCACCAGGCUCGGCCAUGUGAGCCUGACCAAGUGGCUGGACAAUGCAGCUCUAGCUGCAAAAUCUACGCAAUCAUAAACCUAACUUGACAUUGAAGUCAUACUAUGUAAGGCAGGGGUGCGAUUUUGAGCAUGUGGAAAUGUUUGGUUUUAGCAUAAAUGGAGAGAAGAGCAUGAAGUAAUCUCUGGCAUAUCUAUAUUAGUGUAUCUAUAUUUUACAACGAUUUAGAAUCCAUCAGAAGUGUCCAUGUGGGUUAAACAUCAGAACUGUCAUCAGAGUACUAAUCCUACUAUGUUGCUGCUGUUAGUUCAAGUCUUGUAUCUCCAAAACAGCAACGUUACAGGAGAAGGAUAAAACCUUCUUAACUUCCGAAUUAAGUCAAUGUAAAAGUUGAUUCUGCAGCAAUUCUGUUUGUCUAUUUGACAAAAUUUUAACACUAGGUAAAGAACAACUGCCAGAUUCACAUUAACAAAACGUCAAAAACUGUAAAAAUGGAAAUACAAGAUCUUUGUCAUACAGUGACUAUGCACAUAUAAUAUGCAGAAACAGGGUUUUCAUGGUGGACCUCUUUUGUCAGUUGCGCUCCUUUACAAUCAUAUUGUUUUAUAGCAACUGUUGUUUUACAUAAUACUGGCAAAAAUUAUAUUUCUAUUUAGUGUGAUACGAAUGCAUGCAAAGUGCAUUUGGGAAAAUAUCUAAAUUUAAGGUGCAUUAUUAGGUUAUGGUAUUAAGGUUUUUAUGCUGGAUCAAGGGUCAGUCACAAAAAUUCUAUAUUUUUUUCCAACUUCCCUUGUUUCACUUAUUUAUAACAAUAGUCCAGCCAAGGUAUUAGAGCACUUAAAAGUAAUAAUUUGUCCCAAAAUCAAAUAAACAUUAUUUAUUACUUGCUUCAGCCAAAAAUGUUUGAAAUCUGAAGUUUGUUUAAUUAUUUUGGAACAUGAGAUGAUACACUUAUGUUGCUAUGGUCUUACCUUUGUAAACAUAUGGACAAAAAAUAGAUAAAUGGUGGGAAGCCAUUUGAGUAACUGGAACCACAAUGUGAUACUAUUCAUCUCAUGUUUAAAUGUUGUGUAGCACCACAAAACAGAACAUUAUGGGGAUAAAUAUAGUUCCAUUUAAAAAAGUUAAAAGUUCAAAUAAGCUAUGUUCAUGACCAAUUUGGACAUGUAUUUACUGAGGCUAAUGAUUGAUGAUCUGAAUCUAGUGAUUUUAGCAGCAUUCUCUGUCUCAAACUAAAAGGCAAACUUGUGAUAUCUAAUAUGUCUUGGCUGAUUUAUUGGGGUAUGCGUAAGAAGCUUAAACAUCUUAAAACAGGCAAGGUGAUUGGCCCAUAGAUACUGAUAAGGUUGACUGCCUUGGUAUGAAAAUGUGGUACUGAAAUGACUAAGUGAAAUUCUAAGAGAGUCUUUAGCAUAGAAGAUAUUUCACUAUAUAACUUCUUCUAACUAUAAUUGCACCAGUUCUCCAUUAGAUGUCUUGUGGAAUAUUCUACAAAGGAACAGAUUUGCAGUCAGAGCAUGGACACAUCAUCAUCUCUUCAUUAAUUCUGGUAACCCAAAUGUUUCUAAGUGCUCAAAAUCUGCACUACGCCUUGCUUGGUACAUCUCUUAAAGGUGAAAAAAGGGACCCAUUCCUAAUGUGCUAUACAGUACGAAGUUGUAGUCUUUGUAAAUGUGUGUGAGUGUGGCCGAUGUGCUGAAGGGUGGGGGUGGGGGGGAUUUAUCCAACUUCCAUCCAACUUCCACGUUUUUUUCCAACUCCAACUCGGAAGCGAUCUGCAUUUGGGAAAAGGAUGUGUUGCAUUCCUCAUAUUUACUGUUAUGAGAGGCAGCUAGAGGUUUGGGCUUUGACCAUGCAAUUUUAUGGUAGCACUUUAGCAUUUGCGAUCCAGUUAAUCAUAAAAGGGACUUCUGACGUCACCUUCAGCUGCAGACUUUGGGACAGGUGGUUGUCGUUAAACAAGUAUUUGAUGAAAGAAGUUGCCUCGGUCGAGGCUGGAAGGACCUCUCUGUGUCCAAUCCAGGCAUGGCAUGCAUUUUAUUCACAAGUUAACAAGUACAUCCUGAAACUACUGCUUCCAAUCCAACUUAAGAAUCCCUCUGCAAUGGAGCUCUCUAAUGUGGCACUGCUGUCAAGUGUGAACCUCCAGUACUAGAAUUGAUGACUCCUUUUAGAAGCCACUUAGCAUUGUGGGGGAAAAAAGAUGAUAGUACAGUAUACUCUGUAAUUAUUGCACAUCAAUGCAAAUAGUUUUUACAAGUACUAUACGAAUUGUAUUACAAAUUAAAGGCACUGUUUAAAAAUUG